AUGACGUCGGAACGAACAAUCCCCCAUUUGCGGGACAUCUUUGGUCUCAACCAGCAGUACGACGCCAAAAGUUUCGAAGACAACGAUGAUAAGACCAAGAAAUCCAAAAAGAAAAAGGACGAGUAUCGUACCUAUGGCAACGGGGACGUGAAAACUUUAGAGAGGCACCUCAGUAUGAAGAAGACUAUAAGGAAAAAGAUUAUGCGUGAUCUUCAGCAGGCGUUCGUUGAAGACCCUAACGAGUUUAAGGUCGAGAAUACGAGCCCUGAGAAACUGAAGUCAGAGUUAAGCGCAGAAGCAGUGAAAAUUGAGAAAAAUGUCCGCAAAAACGAUCCGACAUUCCUGGAUAUGCUGCGGGGUGAGACGCGGGGUGAGGAGGCCAGAGAAGAGCAGCCGCCCGCUGAGAAGUCCAGCUUCUGGCGACGUCUCACUAUGAAGAACAAAAAUAAAAGAUAG